AUGAUUACUGCGUUACAGCAAGGAUUAUACAAAGAACAUCAAGGUGUCGAUUUCUUGUCGAGGAAUUUCGAGUCGCAUUUUCUACAUACUCCUCAAUACCAUGAUAGGAUUACUGUGUCACAGGAUCAGUAAGUAGAAGUAGUAACAUAACUUCUGUGCUUUUCUUGUAUUGAAGGAAGUUUUAGAGUCAAUGAGAUCAGUAACCCUCGCUUUAUUUCGUUGUGAAAUUGCGGUAAAGAAGUUUGAUGCUUCGGCGCGUUGUGUCUGUUUUAGCACUCAUCUGACACAAACCAUGCGGAACCGUUGCUAACACGUUGCUAAGGAGCUGAACUGGGUUCAGAGUUGUUUUAAGUGCUCGAAAUUUACUUAUCAUCGAGAAACUGGUUUUUAAGCACGACUUGUGAUGUUACAUCUGACGAACAUAAUCGAACCACGACUUCCUUUUUCUGUUACCCUUAAAUUACAAAAUUAAUGGCCAUGCUGUAACUUUUUGUCUUGUAUUUCUGUUUACAAAUUUCUGUUACCCUUAAAUUACAAAAUUAAUGGCCAUGCUGUAACUUUUUGUCUUGUAUUUCUGUUUACAAAUUUCUGUUAACGAUUAAAAAGCACUUACUGGAAUAAUUUGUGAUAGGGAACGUGAUGACAGUUAUCAGUAGCCUUCAAUUUUAAACGCACCUGCGAAUUUUUACAUAAAUGCUUAAGAUUACAUUAUCCUUGGCAGUAUUUGAGAAAAUUAUCAGCCCAGCAUUUGUUGUUUUACUACGCAAAAUAAAUGUCGCAACGAUCAUAUAUCUUUUUGUCAGAGUUUUUGACCUAUGAUGUCGCGUAUGAUUUCGCUAUAAAGUUAGACAUAGAUGUAUCUAGGAUCGUGUUGUCAUUCUGUAUGCAGUUGAUGCCUCCAAGCUAAACUAUCAUAGACAGCUUACACAGGUGGUUUCAUUUGUGGGCAACACGAUUGUUUGCAGAUGUUCUCAAUCUGUUGAUGCUAUUGUUUGAAACCGGGAAACAAUGCUUUUCUUUGUGAAAAAGUUCCAUUUCUCUGUAAUAUUUUCUCUUUGUUGUAAAUGCUUGCGUGGUUCCAAUUGAUUUUUGCGCUCAGAGACGAGUUAGAAUUCCAAAACUCAUUAAACAUUUUUAUGCCCACUCACGCAUCACCUGGGCAAAAAUGCGCGAUUUUUUCAACGCUGGCGACCCAGGGCUGUCUAGUUGGCUGGUAAAGCGGCAAAGAAAGUUAUCGUAUUUACAUACACCGAACAUGGAGAACAGUUGGACUCGUGAAAGUCGCACAGCUUUAGUGAUCACAUGUCGUUAGACUAAGGUAUCAGACAUUUUUAAAUACUUGCCCUGAUGAAACUUAGCUUGAUAGAUCUCUAUUUUCUGUGAUUCUUAGAGUCAAAUAUCUUGAAAACGUAUGGAAAUGAGCGCACUAAAUUUUCGCAUAACGACAAGAAUGGAAACAAAAAUUUAUUUAAAUUCUGAGUUGGUUUCAAGCGGCGACAAGCUGUUACUGUGGCUGAAUUGCUCCUAAAUAGCGUCUAGGGUACUCGAUGUGAAUUUUUCAUUUUGCGCUUCCAACGUGAUCGUUUUUUUCCGAACCCUGAGACAUGACUCGGAACCUUGAGUUUUGAAAGUGAAAUGAAUGGUUUCGAAAGUCUGAAAACUGCUUGAAUUUUGUACCGAAAAAUUAAAUGUGUACAAACCUUGUCAGUCGUCUGGCAUGGCGUGACAUGUAGUGGUACGCGAAGACGAUGCUUGGUCAAUAUUUUUCAUGCCACCUUCCAAUGCUAUCAGGACCAUCUCCAAUCCCGAUAUGUCUUACCCAGUUUCAAUCCUCAUCCCUUCAUCCUUUCGUUAACGCUUAGUGAGAACUGAAUUUUCUUUUCAAUAUCAGCUUUGACCGUUACCUGUCACGGACCAGCAGGUCACCAAAGGUACCAUGGGGUCGCAGUCUAAGCUAUGGAGGGUUCGGCCCCAUUCAGCUCCCCGAGGAGUAUCGACCCAAGCAGGAGCCCCCCACGCGAGUACAGAAAGGACACAGGCACUUUGGGGGAGGGGUGCUGCCAUUUCCACGGUAAGGGUGUUUAUUCCUUCUGAUUUGCUUAAAGCCAAACAUGUUUCAUUUAAGAGUAGCAGGCAAUCAUGCGGUCAUAAGCCACUCCGGAAAACACCAGAAUGUUCUGUGAAGCGCUUUUCGAUUGAGUGUCUUAAAGCCAAAACCAAAGUAACAACAACGGCCAAUCAGAAGAAGGGCUCUCGUUAUAGUCUAUUGCCUGAAUAGCCAAUGAAAAACCAAAGUAAAAACAAGCAAACCCUCCUAAAGCGCGGGAAAAACGCUGGCGACCAAGUCGUGAUUGGUUUAGUUUUGCAUCUGAUUGGUUGAGAGAGUGGGGCGCGAAUUUUCUAGACCAAUCACAGAGCAAAGUAAAGAAAAACUAAUGCAAUCCCGGAUUACUUUCAAUUGAAAAUUGCUCAAACAUGCAGAUUGUAGUGGACCUUUUUUUUUUAAGCCUUAUUUUCCAUAAUUACGUUUUUUUGCUUAGCACCAACAUCAGCAACAUUGGUUUGCCUAUAUUGUAUUUCCCAGGAAAUUAUCCAAUGUUAAUCGCGGAUUAUCUAAUAUUAUCCAUUACUGGAUUCUCGUUGUAGUCUAUUGCCCGAUAUGAACAACGGUUGUUUAUUGAAACGACUUCUCGUACUAAAGUGAGGUAGACUGAUAUUUUUAUGAAUUGUUUCUAACUGUAAUAACACCAUAUCCCACGUAUUUGACUGUUUGCUCUGAAUAAAUAAAGAGUCUUGUUAAGUUGAACUUUAUGUUUUGUCUAACUUUUACGGUUUUGUUCUCGGGAAAUAUACGUAAACGAUAACGAAACACAAAGUUUAACCCAAAUAUGUCUGGGAAUUCGCACGGCGCUCCGUUUCUGUGCAACUCUCAAAAUUUCGUUUGAGCCGUUUGUUACUUGAUUAGUUUCUUAACAGGCGUGUAAUUAUUUGUGAGGCAUUUAAAACUCCACAAAGAUAAAGAGAUUCUACGAACUUAAUAUCGGGAGUCACUACUUCAAAACCAUAGCUUUCGAUAAGGUUUGAUAACCGACAAUAGAUAACGGGAGUGCCUGUAGACAAUUUUUUUUUUUUUUUCAGUUGAUUUUGUCAUUGCUUUUUGAAAUUCCAGGACCUAAAGUAUCUCAUUUAGGUUACAGGUGUCAGGUUCAACUUCCAUCCAGUUCCAGUUCCUCUUUUUUCCGACGGUGACAAAGUCAUUUCGUCACCGAAAUACAGUAUGGUCAUCUCUGCAUGGGUCUUUUUAUAUUUUAAUUGUUUCAGUGGUUAUAAAUAUUCGUUUUAUUGCAGAUUAUAUUGAAAUGCAAUCCUAUAAAAGUGAAACGAUUCUUCUGUCUGUUUUUUGGCUUCGUCACAAAAAUAUAUGUAUCAAUAUUGUCUCUUGCUUAAGUGUGAUUUUCAAUAUGCUGCACAAGUCAAACAAUCGGGCGCUUAGGGACAGAUGACAUGCACGGAAGAUGUCACUUUUUCAUUUAGAAAAAAAAACAAAAAAACUUAUCAACACUCUUCUGACAAAUGCCAAGAAUAAUUCCCUUGACAUGUACUUAAAAAUUUUUUAUAAUUUUUCUUUGACGAUUUAAAACUCAUUCGAUUUUUUUAGCUGUUGAGUAGGUGUUACACAGUGGUCCAUACCGCAAGAACCGUGGCUUCCUUUAGCUUCCGUAAAAUAAAGUUCAACACAGUUUUGGUACACCUUCCGUCAGGUUUCAAUUAAGUCCACUGGAAGAAACCCUUCAAUAUUUAAUUACAUUUCCCCGAUAAUUCGAGAGUAAAGUCUAUAGUCCAAUAACUCACACGAGUAGCCACAGCUAGUGGUGAAAAAACCCGCACCUUCAAUGUUAAGGAGCAGUCCCACCUAGGCACUUGCUAUAUAGCCCACCUUGUCUCCCCUUUCCCCCUCCCUGCCACCCCUCCCUGCUACUGGAUAGUCGGGGAAAAACAUAAACCCAAGUUUUUCCAAUUAAAAUUCCCGGCCUUGUGUGAGAAUGAUCACUAGGGCGUUGAAACGUAACCUUCUCCGGGCUCUCACGAAGUCGAGACAAGCGAAAAAGCGGGCGCGCGAAAUAUGGUGUUGGUUCUGUUGGCAGAAACACGAAGAAAAGGCAGAACGAGAGAUGUUUCCGUGACAACUGCAACCUCCACGUCUGCCCCCAGCCCUUUAUUACGCGCCUGCUUCUUCGCUUGUCUAUAUUAACUGAGAGUCUGGUACAAGCCAGUUGAAAUGACGAAGACAAAAGUUCCCUGGUGCCUAGUGAUGCAUUUAAUAAAACAAUUCGUUGUUCUUUGAUGCAUGAGCAUGCGCUAUUGUGUAGGGAGCACUUAAUCGCCCUCGGAAAUUUAGCCCAAAUUAACGACAAAAGCAAAAAGAACAAGGGAAAAGAAAGUAUUUCCUGUUUAUUCUUAUGGCCAUCUUGCCCGACUUCAUUUGCAUGCGUAGAAUAAAAAUUGGUCCAUGGUCAGUAAUCCGUGUGAUCUUUUUUCGCACACAUUUCGUAACAAAAUCAUGCAAAAGUUCCAUAUUUUCCAACGUCAUUGUCUUGCGAGGAAAACUGUUUUUCAUCUGUGUGUGUGCAUGUCUUUACGUGUUUGACUCCUAUACUUCCUGUUUUUGUUUCAAUCCUUCGGCUGAGGUUUUUUUUGUUUUUUUUUUUUUUUUUUUUUUUUUUUCAAGUAACAAGAGCAAUUUGAUUGCAUUGCAGUGGUGUACCUAUUGAGCAGUAUUACGAUCUUACCCCAUUGAAGAAAAGCAACCUCAGAAGAAAUGAUGAAUUGUGAGUAUUGAGUCAAUUGCAUUUAUCGCAUUAGUAGCUAUUGUGUUAAAAACCACAACUUGUCGAAUCAUUUAUAUUAUUUUCUCGAAUUUUCUUCAUGAAUAAAUUAUCAAAAAAUUAAUUUGCUUCGCGUCCCACAAUCAUUUGAAUGGACGAGAACAAAAUCGAGUAUACGUUCUAAAUAAAUAAACCGUUAAUUUGUUUACUUUAGGAUUUUCCCAGUUGUUUGUUCGGACGAAAUCUCCGCUUUAGUUUACCAAGGGUUCACUCAACCUUCGUUGUACUCGAUGUUAGAGACAUUUAGUGAAUCAUAGAACAGUUAUCUGAUGUUAGUCGCAUAGCAGAUUUACUCGAUAGAAUCACAACACUGACCAGGAUUAAAAAGACCUAAAAUUUCAAAUGCAGCUUCAACAAUGGGGGCGUGUGUUUUGUUUACAAUUCGCGGCUGUAAAUUUGCAUUUUCAUCACGGCAUCGCCUCUGUGGUUCACUUGAAAACUUAUCGAGUAAUAGAGCCCUUAAAUGGGGUGUUAAAAAGAUUAGCGCAUUAUUCAAGCGUUACCAUUUAUUACAGUAAUCUGAUUUAUCAAUACCAAUGCCACCUCGCUUGUUUUAUAAUAAUAAAAAGGUUAAAGAUAUUGCAACCGAACAUUUAGUCACGAGGAUAUGCAAUUAGGAACUGUUGAAUCAAUGCGAAACCUUUUAGCUUUGAUGUUAUCCUUAAUUGCAGCAGUGAGUACAAAACACUCUUUCAUUUGCAUCUUCACAUCCUUCGUUGUAAAGAGUCAUUCUUUAUUUUUCUUUCCUUAAGAUUUAACUUAAAAAAAAAAAAACACACAACAACCAGUCGUUAGAUGUCGAAACGAAUUGUUUCCCCUAAUUUACAUGAAUAACAACGAGUGAUGGCAGAUAGCGUUUCUUGAAACACACUCGAAUACUAAGCGAUUAAAGUGGAGACAGAUACAAUUUCGUUUGUCACGCACUGGAUAGAAUAUCCUCACCAAAACUAAAUCUUUGCACAUCUCGAUAUUAUUUACUUCGAUAGUUUUAUUAAUUUAAAUGUGCAGAUACUAGCGGAGCUUGUAUUGAUUAUGUCGCGGUGAAAGUUUAUUCCAGAAAAUGCUGUCUCCUUUACCGAAGGCCGAAACGUUUGUAAACAUCAUAGGAACACUUAAAUUGUAGAAAAAAUUGUAGCGCCUUCACCAAGAUCUAGAGCUUUCGUGAGUAGUAUUUUACUUCUUCCACUCUGCGGUUUGAAAUGUCUUCACCGCAGUCGUUUAAUUCAUUCUCAAUCAACUGCUUUUUGAAACAUACAGUCACUUAGCACCAGUGAUGUCUUUUGGGUUCUUGCGGAAAGUUUAGUCUUGAAGAAACGCACGGAAUGAAUCGAAUGCUCCAGAUGUGUGAGUGAUAACGCCUUCUUGAAUACCAAGAGUUUGUGUUAUCUCAUGAAUGCUACAUACAUAUAUCACCUCGCAUCUGGGAAAAAAUAGUAACAGAUUCAUGACAAAUCUAGAUCAGAUCUCAUCCCUGAUUCAAACUGACAAAAUUUCGUCUUGAUGCUAACAUUUUGUCUCGAAGCCUGUACUUUACGUAGUAUUUACGGCCUUUCCAUAUUGUCCUAAAGCAGUGAUAACAAAAAAUCCUGGUGCAUUAUUUAAUUUAACUUCCUACUACUACUGGAAAUCACAUGUUCAAAAGCUGCAAUAUCAGCCAUUUAGUCCAAUGGGGCCCUUGGCGGCAAAGUAUUGUGCGUAACUCUGGGCGAGCUUUUCUGUUGUGUCCUCCGCGUCGAUCGAGUUCUUGAAUUUUUCGGCAAGUUUCUCCGUGUAGCCAAAGUCCAAAGUGAGCACCACAACUUUUGGCUCAUAGUCAAGCUGCGGUACGUGGAUGUCAUCGCUUUUCUUUGUGCCUUUCUUGGGGGAUUUCGGCAGCGAUUCUUUAAAUUUUCGUUUUAGGUGUUGAUCUUCUCUCGGCCAGAGCGCCUUGUCUUGCAGUGACAGUUCCAAUAGCGGCUUGUUACCCGACGUGUUAUGUUCCUUGAUCUUCUUAGUGAAUUCUCCCUCUGCUUUGCCAAUGUAGAACUGGUAUUUUUUAUCCGCCGUUUGUGACUCAUCUAUCACGAGGUAGCAGUAGACAAUGCCCUUGCACUCGAGCGGAUUACGAAGGUACUCUUCCAAAUCUUCUUGUCGCUCGAUCUCGAGCGCUGAUUUCUCAGUUUUGCCUUCAAUUUCCUCGUAGACACGGCUCCAGUGAAGGUAGUUGGCGAAAGCGAUUUUCAUGGCGACUUCCAACCUCCUUUGUUGAUCCUUUUGCCUCAGAUUGUCUGAAGCAUUCUUGGUCAGUGAAAAUUCCAUGUAGCGUUUCUCGCCUUCUUCUUUGUAAGUUUUUAGAGCGAAUACGGGUAUCUCUCCGGUGAUUAAGUCACUGAGCGCGCUGGUUCUCUCCAAGUCGACGAGCAGUAAAUUUUCCUUGCGGAAAGUCCCUCGCUUUUCCCUGCUUUUGCCUCCUUGUAGGCGUUUCUCGAGGUGUUCCAGGCGUUUGGGCACUGAAUAUUCUUUGUUGUCGGCUAACAUGUUUGGAUCGACGCGGAUUGUAAACGUGUUCUUCUCUGGCAGAUGUAAGCCAUGCACCUCCGUCGUGCGAGGCCUUAAGUACUCUUGGUCGUAAAGUUGAACCGCGUACAGAUCGUGGCUGGCAUCUUCGGAGUUUACCGCCAUGUUUAAUUGCAGCACUGCACUUGCGUACCAAGAAUACAAUUCCCGUGGAGUGUCGACUGAUCAAGGCACUCCCAGAAUAUUAGCGACACGUAGAUUAGCACUGUUGGACGUCUUCUGGUUGGUCUUUUGGAAGUACGUUUCCAUGGCAACAUUUUUAAGAGCCGAAUAUGUCUAUUGACCUGUUGCAAGGCGAAUUUAGCGAAAGUGGAACGAUUUUAAAAGCUUACUUGGAGAGUUUUCAGUUGGUUUAUAGUCCACGUUGAAUGUUUUAUGCUUGUUCUGUAGCUCGAUCAUUAAUUACGCUUGUAUUUGAUGCCACAUCAUGUCGAAAAGAUCCAUAAAGCAGACUCAUCAUAAACGUAACGCGUUACUUUUUGUGCUUCUCUGUCACACAAGCUAGGACUUCGCUGCCGGCUUACAACAUGGCUUUUAUAAUUGUGAAUGGGGCAGAAGAUGAAUAUGUAAAUUGCAUUUACGCUUAGUCACCUGUAAAAUAAUCACAAGACUCUUUCGCUGUAAACAAUAUCACCUUUGUCUCGCAGUAUCUUUUGUGAACGGCUCUCAAAACUAAUUUAUGCUAAUUCCCCUCAACUUUUGCCUUAAGCGUCUAUUUAUGCCAUGUGCUCUAUAGUUUGGGAGAUUGGUCAUUCUUUUUUUUUAAUCUUUCCAUGAGGAAAGGUUGAACUUUCCUCGAAAAACAGUGUCGAACAUUUCUUUCCAACUGUUUUCAAAUAUGCACUUCGCGGUUAGCCGCGAAUAUGCUUUGUCUGCCUGCCACAGUUACGAUUAUUUACAUCUUUCUUGUAAAGUGAAAAUAUGUACUGAUCGUCUUAAACGAUUUAAUUAAUGCUUCUUCCUCGUGUAGAUUUCAAUUAAUAUGGAAUUUGUGACGUCUUUUAUUAAUUCAGAAGGUGACUGAAACUGGUUCCAGUGAUUUCUUGUCACGUCAUUCCGGUUUGGUGGAAAUUAAGUGGUUUUCAGUUUUAAAAAAAUUAUGUCUUUGAGAGAAAAAUCUCAUCGAGGGUCUCUAUGAAGUUUUAAAAGAGUCUCCGCUUCGCCAGAUGCUUUAUUAACGGUUUACUUAUAAAAAAAGACAACUUAACGUCAAUGUGACCGAAGAAAAAUGAGACAAAAAUGGCACAGGAAGUGAUAUCAUUACCGGCCACAUGGCCUAGACUUCCCGUCUCCUUCCCAAUCCUCUCUUCUCCUGUUGAGUUCACAGCUAAAACGCGCGCGCGGCGCGCGGGGACAGUCGUGUUCUAGUCAUUCUCGUUCUUAGAGUCCGCUUUUCCUCUGCCGUUCUUGUGGUAGGAAAAACUAGGGGACCGAAAGCAGACUGAAGUAAUCAUGAUAAAUCAACAACAGCUCCCCGAAACAAACAUCGCCCGCGCGCCCGAAGGCCGAACUAUUACUGUACAUGUACUCCUGAAGAUAGCAUUUUGUAUAGUCCCUAGCAAGGGCGUAGUCGGGGGGUGCCCGUGAGUGGGUGGUCCCCCUUUGUGAGCCUUUUUUUAGUCACAUUAAGUAAAACAUGGGGUUGAGAUCGACAUAAUAAUCUAGUGAGUACCCUCUGUUUGACACAGUAUGACCCUCUCCCUUUUGAAAAAUCCUGGUUACGCCCUUGCCCUGUGGCGUUGCUCAAGUGGUGUCCUCCCUCAAGUUCCUGUUUUCUUCUCUUUAAAACUGUUUUAUAACGAAUGCAGGUUUUCUCCGUAAAUAGUCUUGCUCAACCAUAAUACCUAUCCUUGAUAUGGAAAUGAUUCCUAUAAAACUAUAAUUGUAAAUCCUCCCAUAGCCGUAGUUACGUGGCGUAUGAAGUGUUCUAAACGUGAAAUGAUUAAAUGAUUUUCGUUAAAACACGAUGGUGACGAAGCAUCAUAUGUUUUGUGCUAGAGUAACAAAACCGACCCCUCUAACUGUGUUUAUAUCUGUUGUGCUUUUUUCGCAGGGUUCCAAAUCCGGAAAAGUCAGAAAUGGGGUAAGUAACAUAACGUGACUCUACUCCGCGUUCCACUAAAGUUAAAAGUUUUUUUUCCCAAAAUCUGUCGAUAUUUAUCGCUAUUAGUUCUUAUUUGAAUGAAUGAAAGUUCGAGUAAUAUUGAAUUGGCUUAUUUUGCUUCUGACGUGCGUCAGUAUUUGAAUCCGUUUUGCAUGUUUUGCAAAUCACGGGUUCUCAACAAACAAAUUUAAGGGUUUCUUGGCAUCCUGUCUUGAAGGAAUAGUAGCGCUCCUGGUCGGUUGAGGUGUGUGGUUAGGGCCUCUUGACUUCACCAUGAUAUGUUAUUGAUGUUUGUCUUGUUCCCACCAGGAAAAUCCAGAUCCCGUUAGGAUUUCCAUCAGAGCAUCCUUACACAUCUCACAUACCAAAGUUCCAGGUAUUCCCGUCGCUUGAGUCCCCAGAAGACAUCAAAAAGGGAAAACUAGCUGUUACUCUUCACCCUACCCUACCUCCCACAGCUCCAGCUUCGGCACCAGACCCCAGCAUACUUGAGAAAACCAAGGGUCAUUUUGACCGGAGGGAGUUGGUGUCGGUUCAGAAAGAGUCCGAAAGGAAACCUUUAACCUGGCCGGAACACAACCUUCUUCAGGUAAAUUAGAUAAUAAUAAAUAGACUCCCUUAGAUCUAGUGGUACAGGGUACAGCCCUACCUGACUGAACUUUCUUUUCUCGAGGACAAGAGUAUAAAGAUGAUUAUGUUACAUGACCCGACUUCCAACACACAUGCGUCAGAAACAACCUGUAUAAAGUGUUGUAAGGCGUGCAAAACGAUUCUUAUCCAAACCCUUUGUUGCGGUAACGUAUUGCGGGUUUUUAAAGAGAUUCAGAAAGGGGCGUUGAUGCAAGAACCUUAAUGUCGUUGAUGCGUGAAAAAUUGCUGCAUGUGGACUCCGUUGCUUUGCCUGUGAACGCAAAUGCAUUUCCGGUUUUAAAUUAAAGAGACAAGUCUACUACCCCGUCCCUCCUACUUCAGAUCAUCGGAAAAACGUCUUUAGUUUGCUUUGUAACCAAGACUGUGUGAUUUGUCGUUUAUUGGGCGAGAGUGAGUAGGAUUUUGAAUUUGGUCUUAGAAAUGCAGGCGGCAUAGUCACAGCCUUGGUGUUUUUGAACGAUUCAAACAGUAUUUACGUGGUUUCUUAUUAGUCAUCUUUUGUUCGUUCUUUCGUUCUCUUCCUCCUAUUUAAAAGUUUGUCAAGGGCCCGGAAUUAAGGAGACAAGUCUACUACCCCGUACCUCCUACUUCAGUAGUGCCAAACACCCCCGAUAGAGAUUCAUCCCUGGCAGUAACCCCCCGGACUGCGAACGCCUUGUACAAUGUUCAGCGGAGCUUCUGGCAAACACAUUACCAACAGCAGUUUACAGGCAACGGACCACAGAAUAUCCUUAAACUGGAUAAUUUCGACGAAGUUUUCAAAGGGGAGAGCGACACCUUGGUAAGUUCUAAGCGUGGUUUUUUCUUUUCGCUCUUAUGUUUUUUUGUAUAUCUAGGAUAGGAAAUCUCACACCCUCCCCCCCCCCCUUCCACUGAGAAUGUGGAUGUGGGAAAUAAGAUUUAUUUACCAAUUUCGUAAAUCGCAUCUUCUGUUUUGUCCAAGAUCCUUCUACCAAUUCUCUAUUCUUCCUACACGUUUUCUCGCAAAUUGGUCGAGAGAAUUUGAGGGUUAAAUCAGCAUAGUCCAAGUUGGUAAGGUGAUCUAUGCUCACCAUUAUUUUGCUCAGUAAUGAAUUGAUAAUGCAAGUAUAAGUUUAGUUAAUCGCCUUUUGGAGGUAUGGUUGCUAAAAAAUUGUUUUUUAAUUGCUGUUCUAAUCUGACUGUCAUAACCUUUACCUCUUUUUAAACAGAGAGAGCAUUUCAGGAAUGAAUUCGCCCCACCGCGGGUUCUGGAGGGACGCCACACUGACGUUAGAAAGAAAACCAAGAGGAAGAAAAAAGUCGUUGUAGGCCAUGGCACCGAACUGUGGAUGUCAGACAGUGAAGACGAGGGAGAAGAAGAAGCUCGGGAAAAGUCUAUCAAAAAGACUCACGGAAAUUGCUUUGUAAAGGGAGAAAUCUUAGAUUUGACCACUGGUCCCAAAUUCAGCGAUGGAUAUCUACAGAAUAGCUUGAUUAAUCCUAGCGGGGAAUAUUCCGACGUGCAUGCUUUCGCUCGUGCUCAUCCCCAUUUAUAUUACUCUUCCAUUACAAAUAACGAGAAUUCGAAGUAUUUCAGUGAGCUUGCACGACCUGUCACCGCCCCUGAGAGUGUCAAGCGAUCAGCUCCCCCCAUACUGAAUAACAUGCCAAGUCAAAUUCCCGAGCAAACGAAGACAGGUUCGACCAGUAGCGACUUGUACCCAAAGUGGUUCCGAUCAGCCAAGCUUGGAGAGAAUCAUAGGCCUAGUACAGCACUUUUGGAUUUGCAAGACCGCUGGAGUAAAACUGAAGCUCGUCGAAGAUUUCACGAGCAGUUUCCUGAAAACGCACCAGACAUUCGUCGAAAGCCAGACAUGCGCAUUACGACCAAUGAAAGAAGACAUGUUGACCCGGAAACCGGUAUUCAUGUUUACUAUUUCCACCGUUGAAAAUGUGACUAGAGUGAUUUUGAAAGACAAGCGUUGUGUUCAGAGAAGCUUUUAUGCAGCUUAUAUUUCACGUGUGAGAAACAUAGCUUCAUUUUUGCGUUCUGUGACCUCCGUGGAUGAAAAGUUCAGCUUCUUUUCGGUCGUGGUCAUUUAGAAUUAAUGCGAUGUUUCGUGAAUAUUUAUGUUGCUUUAACUCAGAAGAAAAAAAAAAGGUCAUGAAAAUUGAAAUGAAAUAGUAUCAUGAUACAAGACUUGGGAAAUGAAAAGUAAUAUAUUGUAACUUCUAAGCUGGUCUCUCUAUUUAUCAUUCUUAUAAACUCGAAAAAAAAUUAAUUUGAACAUGAAGGUGAUGAGCUACUACUUUUCCGUGUUUGGCAGAGGGGUGGGGUCGAAGGUAAGGUCAAGGAAGGCCCCUGAGGUAAAUGUUACGCUUCCCACCCUCUCUCUGUCUCUGUCUCA